AUGGUUACUAUAAUCAGCACCAUGGAAACCCAGGUGUCCAACGGUCCGAGCGGAACAAGUCUGCCCAACGGCCCAGUCAUCAGCACUAACGGCGCCACGGACGACAGCAAAACCAACCUGAUUGUCAACUACCUACCCCAGAACAUGACGCAAGAGGAGUUCAAGAGCUUGUUCGGUAGCAUCGGAGAGAUCGAGUCCUGCAAACUGGUUAGGGACAAGAUAACAGGUCAGAGUUUGGGGUACGGCUUUGUGAACUAUGUGGAUCCAAAUGACGCGGAUAAGGCCAUCAACACGCUCAAUGGUCUCAAACUACAGACCAAAACAAUCAAGGUAUCAUACGCCAGGCCAAGUUCGGCCUCUAUUCGUGAUGCAAAUCUUUACGUCAGUGGACUCCCCAAGACCAUGAGCCAGAAGGACAUGGAACAGCUCUUCUCCCAAUAUGGUCGCAUUAUCACAUCUCGUAUCUUAGUGGACCAAGUUACAGCAGGCAUAUCACGUGGAGUGGGCUUCAUCCGGUUUGACAAACGAAACGAAGCGGAGGAGGCUAUCAAGGGUCUGAACGGACAGAAGCCUCUGGGCGCAGCCGAGCCCAUCACCGUCAAGUUUGCCAACAACCCGAGCCAGAAGACGGGCCAGGCGUUGCUGACUCAGCUGUAUCAGACCGCUGCCCGACGCUACACGGGGCCCCUGCACCACCAGACACAACGUUUCAGCGUGAUCCCUUCUCUCGGAAAGGGACCAGAUCCAAAUAACAGCUCAAAACCAAUACUCGACAAUUUACUAAACGCCAGCUACGGAGUCAAGAGUUCUCCUACUCUCUUUCCCAGAUUCUCCCCAAUCACCAUUGACAGCAUGACCAGCCUUGCCGGCGUCAACCUCACCGGUCCCACCGGAGCCGGCUGGUGCAUCUUCGUGUACAACUUGUCACCAGAGGCGGACGAGAGCGUCCUGUGGCAGCUCUUUGGGCCGUUUGGUGCAGUCACCAACGUAAAGGUCAUCCGUGACUUUACCACCAACAAAUGUAAGGGCUUCGGUUUUGUUACCAUGACCAACUACGACGAGGCGGCCAUGGCCAUCGCGAGCCUUAAUGGCUACCGCCUGGGCGACCGCGUGCUGCAGGUUUCCUUCAAGACCAGCAAGCAGCACAAGGCCUGA